GUUUAGUUGGAGUGUGGGGUGUUUCAGGAGCGCAGCAUCGUCUCACUCUCUCACGAGCGCCUUUUGCCUCGCCUUUUGUUUGACCUGACUCGUGUACACCCCCCCCCCCCUUUUCCCUUCUAAUUUCACACGGAUACACGGUUCACGAAAAUCAACGUUUAUGGUCCUGGCUGAAGAUUCCACGAUGUCUCGCACCGACGAGGUUCACCGCGUUACGGAAAAUGUCUAUAAGACCAUCAUGGAGCAGUUCAACCCCUGCUUACGGAACUUUGUUGCCAUGGGGAAGAACUACGAGAAGGCCCUUGCCAAUGUGACGUUUGCUGCCAAAGGCUACUUCGACGCUCUGGUCAGAAUGGGCGAACUUGCCAGUGAGAGUCAAGGCUCGAAAGAUUUGGGGGAUGUGCUGUUCCAGAUGGCUGAGGUCCACAGACAGAUCCAAGUGCAGCUAGAGGAGAUGUUGAAAUCGUUCCACAAUGAGCUGCUCUCCGAGCUGGAGAAGAAGGUGGAGCUGGACGCCCGUUAUCUGACUGCUGCCCUGAAGAAAUACCAGAUGGAAAACAAGAAUAAAGGGGAGAGUCUGGAGAAGUGCCAGGGCGAGCUGAAGAAGCUGCGCAGGAAGAGCCAGGGCAGCAAGAACCCCUCCAAGUACGGCGAGAAGGAGAUGCAGUUUGUGGAGACCAUCAGCAGUAAGCAGACUGAGCUGGACUCCUUCAUCGCUGAGGGAUACAAGACAGCUUUGUCUGAGGAGCGUCGCAGGUACUGCUUCCUGGUGGACCGCCAGUGUGCCGUGGCCAAGAACAGCAGCGCCUACCAUGGCAAGGGUAAAGACCUUCUGACCCAGAAGAUCCCAGUGUGGCUACAGGCAUGUUCAGACCCUAACAAGCUGCCGGAGAGGGCCAUGCUGCUGGCCCAGCAGAUGUGUUCUGCCGCCCUCGGGGGAACCAGUCCCCUGCAUACCUCUAAGUCAAAUCUGGUGAUCUCAGACCCCAUCCCCGGGGCCCAGCCUCUCCCUGUGCCCCCAGAGCUGGCUGUGUUCAUGGGCAGCGGCCUCGGACACCCAGCGAGGCUGAUGGGCCCUGAUGGUAUGUCCAUGGUCAAUGGGACAACAGGAGUCCACGGGGAGGAAUAUUGGACAGAGGGAGGAGGGACUAUGUCUGUGACCCAAGUCAGGCCUUCGUCCCCUCAGACCCAGGCCCCGGGACAGUCCCAGGCCGCCCCCCAGAGACAGGUUAGCGAUGUCUACUCCAACACCCUCCCUGUGCGCAGGCCUGCCCCCGCCAAGAACAAGAACCCUGUGGGAGAAACACGGACCCUGCCCAGAUCCAGUUCCAUGGCAGCAGGCCUGGAAAAGAACGGGCGUGCCCGUGUCCAAGCCAUCUUCUCCCAUGCUGCGGGUGACAAUGGCACCCUUCUCAGCUUCUCUGAGGGAGAUGUCAUCACCCUGCUAGUGCCUGAAGCCCGCGAUGGCUGGCACUAUGGGGAGAAUGAGAAAAACAAGAUGCGUGGCUGGUUUCCUUUCUCCUACACUCGCGUGCUGCCUGAGAGCGAUUCAAAGUGAAGUAUACGUAGGCCUUUGUUUUCUCACCCUCCCAGCUUGCACCAUGGCAAAAGUAGCAGCACAGGAAACUUACUGGAGAGUGAUGCAUCACUGCCCACACCUGACUACGGCCUGACUGCCCGACUGCUGGCACAGAGCCUCGCACAGACCCGCCCACGCCCCUACAGCAUGGCAGGCUUUGGUACACAGCCUGCUAUUGAGGAUUAUGACGGCCGCUUUGCCACAAGUUUGGGUCCAGAAUUGUCACGGUUCUGAGGGAACAGGACCUCCUGACCGUUCCUUGGAGGUCUACCUCAGGCCCACCUUCAUUGACGACCGAUCUGCACCCAUCUUCUACUAGCAGCCUGCCCUCCCCCGGUCUGUCCACUAAUGGGCCUUUUUUUUUUUUUUUUGAUGGGGAGAAGCAACAUUUUUCACAUUAGGAAUGCUUCAGUUGAAUGAUGUUAUCAGGAAAAGGGCCCAGAAGUGUGACCCCCCCCCCCAAAGGAAUCAAGUUUCUUUGCUGAGGAAAUCCACUCGGGUUAACCGUCAUGAUGUUUUGAAAACCACCUUCACAAACUUUGAAUGUCUCAACCUGAGCAUUCAAGUGCAAGUGUGACAGCUUAUUUUUCUUUUGUUAUUAUUAGUUAGUUUGCACCAGUUGUGGAAACAGUAUGGCUCAUAGGUUUGAAUAGUGAUGCUGUCACAUUAUCAUUUAUCUGCACUUCUACUAUGGGUUUGUUUUUUUGUUCUUCCAACACUUUACACUGUAAAUUAAAUUAGAGCAUUAUUGACAUUAAUGAACAGUGCAGGAACACUCUGCAUGCGAUGUUUAGAUGGGGUUUGAGGGGUGGAUUUAAAGCUGGUGGGUAAGAGUUUGCAGUGCAUCAGGAGCGAUGCAGAAAUCGAUUAUAGGAUACUGCCACAGAUAGCUACGUAGAAGUGGACUAACUGAUUCUGCUUUUGUUAAGUGAUACAGUACUAUAUAGUUACUAGUUGUGAUACAGUACACCCAUAUUUUCAAUGUGGGAACUGUGCCUUCUCUUUUUUCUUUUCUUUUUCAUAAUGCUUCAUAAGCCGCAUUGACCUAAUCAUCCUGUAAACUGGUUUGAGGGCAUAAUGCAUCACACUUGUAUUUUUUAUAUUCUGAAAAAAAUAACAAGGGUGUUAUCCCUUUUUAGUGUUUUUAAAUUUAAUAUUUUGUCUUUUUUUUUGCUCUUUUUUUUGCUUUAGCAAGCUUCAGUACAAUGCAAUUUCAAGAAUAUUUCUUUCUCUUUAAAUUUCAGCAAUAUCUAAGCUGCCAGAUAGCCAAGAGAUGAGUUAAAGCGCAUACAUAAUGGGCCUUUUUAUAUGUAGCUUUGAGGGAGUGGUAGCUUAUCAUGUAAGGUACAGUAUUAUCAUGGCUUUUGAUCAUUCCUGCUCAGUAUUAUACACUCGUGUGGGAGAGAGGCUUAGAGCGGAGGCGUGUACCUGCAGCAUGACGUGUGGGGAUAGCAGUUAGGCUGUACGACAUGGAAAGCAAUGUAAUUGUAUGAGCGAGCUAAGUAGUCUCUUAGAAAGCAAUACAUCAACAGGUGCAUCAUGAGAAGUCUUCUUUUUCUUUCCUCUAAGAGUUGAGUCCUUUACGCUGAGUGAUUUGAUCAGGAUUUUAUCAAAAAGCCAUGUUUCAAAAGCGCUUUUUUUACUUUUAUAUAGCUUUCAUUGUCUAUCCCUCACCUCUGUCCCUGUUUGUAUUAUAUCUGUCCUGUACAGAAAGUGCUUAUAAAUUAUCUUGUCCGAAAAUAAAUCUAAAUGGGCACAAACAUCA